UGUUGUCAUCAAGAUGGAGUUCUUAUUGGGGAAUCCGUACAGCACUCCUGUUGGCCAGUCUAUUGAAAAGGCCACAGAUGGAUCCCUGCAAAAUGAUGACUGGACACUCAACAUGGAGAUCUGUGACAUUAUUAAUGAGACAGAAGAAGGGCCCAGAGAUGCCAUUCGUGCCAUUAAGAAGCGGCUUAAUGGGAAUCGAAACUUCCGGGAGGUGAUGCUGGCUCUGACUGUACUGGAGACGUGCGUGAAGAACUGCGGCCACCGUUUCCACGUGCACGUGGCCACGAGGGACUUCAUCGAUGGCAUCAUGGUGAAGAUCAUCAUUCCCAAAAACAACCCUCCUACCAUAGUGCAGGACAAAGUACUGGCGCUGAUUCAAGCCUGGGCAGAUGCAUUCAGAAGCAGUCCAGACCUGACCGGAGUUGUCCAAAUUUAUGAAGAGCUGAAGAGGAAAGGCAUCGAGUUUCCCAUGGCGGACCUGGAUGCUCUUUCACCGAUCCACACGCCUCAGAGAGGUGUCCCAGAGGUGGAUCCGGCCUCAUACAAGUACAAAGUGCCUUCCCAGCCCAAACCAGAAUCCCAAACACCUCAGAGGUCUGAAGCUGCUGGUCCCGCUGCUGAAUGUAGCCCACCUCAGGUACCAGCAAUGACGGGGCCCAUAGCUCCAAACCCUGAACAGAUCGCCAGGCUGAGAAGUGAGCUGGACAUCGUGCGCGGGAACUGUAAAGUGAUGUCAGAGAUGCUAACAGAGAUGGUGCCAGGGCAAGAAGAUGCCUCCGACCUUGAACUCCUGCAGGAGCUGAACCGGACCUGCCGUGCCAUGCAGCAGAGGACAGUCGAGCUCAUCUCUCGCGUCUCCAACGAGGAGGUCACGGAGGAACUUUUGCAUGUCAACGACGAUCUAAACAACAUCUUUCUACGCUACGACAGGUACGAGAGAUAUAGACAAGGCCGGAACACACAGAAGAACGGGGUUUUAAACGAAGCUACGGUGGAAGAUAAUCUAAUAGAUCUGGGCCCUGGAUCCCCAGCUGUUGUCAGUCCUCGAGCCAGUGCUGCAGCCACACCUCCAUCCUCCAGUGUGGCAAGUGCACCAGCGGCCUCACUCUCCACAAAGCUUGCAGGACUGAAUAUGGAAACAAACGGCGUAAGCGGCACUUCACGCACCCUUCCCACCAACAACCCGAAUGAGGACUUUGACAUGUUCGCCCAGACCAGAGACAACUCCCUUGCAGACCAGCGCAAAAAUGUGAAAUAUGAAGACCCGCAGGCUCUGGGUGGUCUGGCCUCCGCUCUAGACAUCCGACAACAGAACACUGCUGGGCCUAGUGUAAGGGGUGACAACGCAGGGUUGGAACCCAUAGACAGCUGGCUCAUUACCCAAGGAAUGAUUCCUGUACCGCAGUCCUCUGUCAUGGAUGACAUUGAGGAGUGGCUCAGUGCUGAUGUGAAGGGCGAUGCUGAGGAGGGAGUCACCAGUGAAGAGUUUGACAAGUUCUUAGAUGAGCGGGCGAAGGCUGCAGACACAGCGCUCCCGUUGCCUCCAAGAGGAGAACCCAACGUUCCCGCGAGCGCACCCAGCAGCAGCCGUAGGAAGGCAGAGCGGACUGAGGACAACCUCUUUGCUUUGUAGCACAGCGUGGAACGUGGGGGUGGGGGUGGGGGCUCCGUUCUGCUUAGUCACGUUCAGCGUUCCUAAGAAUGCCUGCCACCUUCUCCAUGCUGCUCUCUGUGUCUCUGUCGUCUCCUGACGCAGUGGAAUUCUCAGUCCUCUUCUAUUUCUCAGACCCCAGGCUGGAGCAAGGCUGCUGCUUCUCCAACCUGCAGAAUUCCUGCACUUUUAGGCUCGACCCGGCUUUUGUCUUUGAGCAUGGCGAUGCCGGAGGGUUCACUUGUCAAUAAUCCAACCAGACGACAGAGAUUCUUAGUUUUGUUAAUAUGCCAAGGUUGAUACAUGGGUGUUGGUUUAUUGACAGAACAAGUAACAUACUAAGCCUGUGGAGUCUUACUCACGUGCAAAGUAUUUGCUUUUUUUAAAUCCUGCAUUUUCCAUCUAGUUUACAAACUAAUCUGUCCAUUCCAUAAAUGAAGUGCUUCUUUCUGAUUCUCCAUUCCUGCCAUUCGCUGAGUCCCUGUGGUCUGAUCUUAAUACGCCACUAAGAAAAAAGAUGUAUUCAAAAUAUACACUAUAUGGCUGAACGUUUGUGGGUACUCAACACCAUAAGCAUUAGCAUUAAGAUUUUUCCUAACUAGAACUAAUAGGCAAACAAUAAACCAAACCAUAAAAACACCCUCCACCACACUUCGCAUUUGGUGUAAUUAUAGCAUUAUACAGGCAUCCAUCGAAACCAGAUGUAUCUGUUGGUCUGCUAGAUGCUGAACUGGGAACUGGGAACUGGGAUGAGCACAUCUCUAAUUCUGUGUUGUGCUUUACACCACUACAGCCAAUGAUGAACCUCCUAAGAAACAGAUCACAGCCAGACAUUGCUUUAUAUUUAUAUAUAUAUAUAUUAUUUUAUGCAUUUUCUCCCCUUUUUUCUUCCUUUUAGCGCGUCCAAUUGCCCGAUUACGUCAUGCUUCCUCUCCACCAAUGCCGAUCCCCGCUCUGACUGAGGAGAACAAAGCCGACCCAUGCCCCCUCCGACACAUAGGCAGCAUGCCGUAUGCAUCUUAUCACCUACACUUUGACCAGUGCAGUGCAGUGCAGCUUAACACUGUGUACGGAGAGACACACCCUGACAGCACUCUUUUCUCAUCUCUGUGCAGGGUGCCAUCAAUUAGCCAGCAGAGGUCGCAAUUGCAUUAGCCACGAGAGAGAGACCCUAUCCUGCGUAAUCCCACCCAUAUCUGAACAACAGGCCAAUCGUUUGUCCGUGUGGAUGAUCAGCCCAGACGGCAGGCAGAGCUGAGAUUCGAUACGAUGUGUUCCAGCGUGUGUUUUUACCGCUGCGCCACCUGAACGGCCAGACAUUGCUUUUAAAAGCAAUUUGGAACUCAACUUUGGAGUCAAGGCUCAUCAGGUGGUGUUCACGCUGCAUAUCUAAAUGGUCCUGGGUUCGAUCCUCAUAUUUCCUUACUGUCUUGUCGACUUUGUCCUUGGGGGAGUUCUCUGAGUACACUCCAAAGCCUUUCCUCCCACCUUGCAAAGACAUACUGUUAGUUAGACUGGCUAUACCAAAUCGCCCCAUUUGUGAGUAAGUAGUGCAUGUUGCCCAGCGAUUAGACAGGUAUCCUGGCCAGGGAACGUUCAGGGUGCCCCACUAAAUUGCGAUCCAGAUUUCAGGAUUAAUAAAGUAAUGUCUUGUAGCAUUCUUCGAGCUUACAAUACAGGCACUUUUAGUCGACAAGAGCAGCUCUUUUGAUGCAACUUUGAUGAAACUCUGAUGCAGUCGUAAGCAUAGGUGUGACCACAAUGGCCUGUCGGCAUACAUUUGUCCAUAUAGUGUAUAAUGAAUAAACUCUAGACACUAGGGAACGGUUUACAAAAGGGAAAACCAAAAA